GAAAGCAGUUCGAUUUCAAAGUUAAUAUUGGAACGAAUAAUGAUAUUGAUGACCUUAAAGGAGCUAUUAAAUGUAAAAACCAAAUGACACUGCUGGGGGAUGUAACGGACGGUCGUGGUCGGUCAAGGGUAGGUCAAUGGCCUUUGACCGACCGACCUGUUGACUGA